ACAGAUCUUUGAAGAGGUUAGUAGCUCAGAGAAUGAGGAAGGGGAAGAAGACGUCAACAUCAUGGAGGUCGGGGAUUCCCAGCAAGGCAUGGAGGAGUUCAAAGUACAAAAUGUCACUGAUGCUCUCAAAGGAUUAGAAGCAGCUGUAGAUCAAGAUAACACAAUCACAGAAGACAGCAUGCAGCAAGAGAGGAAAUUGAAAUACUGUACUUGCACUAUUUGUAGCUUCCUUUGUCAUGAUCUUGAUAACUGUGGAACAAACAUCAGCUUUCAGGUUCACUCUGAUUCUGUGCUUGCCGCCCUCUAUAGUUCAGAAGGAUCAGUAAUGGAGGUAAAAUUUAAAGAUUGUCAUAUUUCAUUCAAUAAUGGACAUUUGUGAAGUGUCAGUCAAACUUAUCUGACCAAUCAGAGCAGGACCAGGAAUAUGUGCAUCCAUAGCAACAAUAUCCAAGGGGCGUGGCUUAAUAGAAAGGUCCAUUGAGGGCUGAGGAAAUGAUACCAAAGAAACAUUGAUGUUGAGCAAAUUAUGUUAAAUUGGCGCCAAAUAUGGCAAAUGCGAUACAAGGGCAAGUGUCUCAAGUCUCCCACAAAUCGUGGAAAUCUCCUGGAAAUUGGCACUCCCUCCUGCAAGAAGAAUCUGACGAAAAAUAACUUGACAUUCGCAUGUUUGGCUACUGUAUUUACAAUAGUCUCGGGGAAUACAGUACCAAUGGGCAGGCACGGAUCCAGAAUUCACCAUGACUAUCACACAGAUAGGGUCCUAG